GUCCCAUAUAUACCGCACUCACAUCUCAUUCUUUUCCCUUCAUAAAUCAUAAUCAUAUCUCUCUCUCUCUCUCUCUCAAUCACAACAAACAACUCAAUACGCUGUCGUUUUAUUUUUUUUCUCUCACCAACCCUAAAUAUAAAAAUAAAAUCACCUAACCCUAGUUUUUUCCCCUUUCUUCCACCGCCGCGUUUUCAGAUCUCGAUUCCUUUUUUUCUUUCUUCAAUUUCACCUUCAAUUUCUUCUCCAUCUCUUCGAUCGAUUUAACCCUCUUAUAGAUCGUGCUUUUCUCUUUUGAUUCAUCCCAAUUUUGUCUUUAUCGAUUUACGUUCUCGGUUUUUAGGGUUUCCGUGUCGGAUCUUCUCGAUCAGUUUUUACGAUUGGGAUCUCGGAACAAGGGAUUGAAUUUAUCUUUGUUUGAUUUGGGUUAUUUCUUUUGUUCGUAUCGUUGUUUUGUCUCCGAUUUUGGGAAAAUUCAACGGGUUUAAUUUUUGUUCAUUCGUUAUAAAAAUUGUUUUGGGGUUGUUCGAUCUCGGUUCGAUUCGUUCUAAUUGUUGGUCAAUUGCACGUUGUUGGGUCGUAAUUUUUCGAUUUGAAAAAAAUUAGGGUUAGGGUUUCCUGAAUUUGGGGCUUUUCUUGUUUUAUUGAAAUUAAUUGGGGAAAGUUCAAUUCCUUUGAGUAAUUAGGAUUCUCCUGCUUCAUUUCUUCCAAAUUCAGCAAUUUGCCAUUAAUUUGACAGAGACUGGUUUUAAGGCAACCAUGGUGCAGAAACGUCCUUUUGAUGCUGCCGAGGAGAUGCUUGAGGUGUCCUUCAAACACCCUAAACAUGCAGGCUCUGGCGAUCUUCUUAUGCCAUUAUCAGAAUCUGUUGUUCCCGAUGAUGAUUGCUACACCCAUUUGCCUAAAACUUCAGAGGAAGGAUAUGCAAGAGGUAAUAGCGAUUGUAAUGAAAAGCUUGCUGGUGAAAGUUGUGAUGGACUUCCUAGAGGGGCUGGGAACUCUGAACCAAGCUUUCCCGCAUCUUCUUGGGCCACCAGUCGCCCUACUGAAGAAGAUCACCAAUCAGAACAACCUAUACAUCUUCCUCUUUUUCCUGAGUACUUCAGUCCAGAACGGCCAAUAUAUUUCAGUCCAGAACGACCCGUAAGGACAUUUACUCGCUAUGAGGACCUCUAUUCCAUACUUUUGGAAGCCUCUCCUCGCAAGCCUGUAUCAGUUGGAGCUGAUCAUCAAGCUGAUGUUCCCCCAUGGGGGUUUUCUGGUACUACUGCUUGGGAUGGGGAUGAAGCUGAAAAGAGAUUGAUGGGGACCUGUAUAAUCCCUAUGCCUAAUAUGGAGUUAUCUACCAUUGAUGAUGAAGUUGGAAAGGGAAGAACUGAUUGUAUCUGUGAAGACAGGGGUUCUAUGAGAUGUGUAAGACAACAUAUAAUGGAGGAAAGAAAGAAAUUAUUAAAAACCUUUGGGAUUGAGAAAUUCAUUGGAUUGGGGUUUGCUGGCAUGGGAGAACAAGUGGCUGAAAAGUGGACUCCAGAGGAUGAACAUCUAUUUCACAAGGUUAUCUUCAAUAAUCCAGCAUCCCUCAACAAGAAUUUCUGGAACUAUCUUUCCAUUGUUUUUCCCUCUCGAAGCAAAAAGGAGAUUGUGAGUUACUACUUUAAUGUCUUCAUGCUACGAAAGCGGGCAGAGCAGAACAGAAACCAUUUAAAUGCUGAUAGUGAUAAUGAUGAAUGGCAAGGUAGUGACGACAAUGAAAUUGCUACCCAUGAUGAAGAUGAGGAUUCUGUUGCUGAAUAUCCCAUCUAUCAAGAUGAUACUAACUGCAAUGAUAAUCAUAUGGAGGAUUAUGAUGACGAGUUUGCUGAAGAUGAAACUUGCACUGUUAAUGGAAUUGUAGAUCAUACCAAUAGGAACAUUGAUGAUGAUUCUAAGUAUGAUCAUGUAGACAUGCAUCACUCUAGUGAUUCCUCCCCUCCUCUGAAUCAACCCCAGGAUCAAUCUGUUUGGCAGGAAUCAUGUGAUGAAAAAGUGAAACAUGAUCCAUACACAUCACAUGACAUGGGAGUUGCUUCAAGGGAGAUCAAGGUGAAGAGUGGGAAUGGUGAUAAUUGGUGCAGUAACUAUAAUGGAUUAAGCAAUGGUUACAGCCAAGGGUAUGUGUUGGAGCCUUGUGAUGCACCAGGGUGGGAUUCAGGCUUUGUUUCAUGCUCUAAAAAUAAGAUGGACUUUUUACCAACAUGUAGCAUGAUAGAAGAGGUUUUUGGGGAUGGAAGAAGACAAGACAUGAGAAGAGCUUGAGCAACUUGGCUGGUUUUUUCAUGGAUUGAAUUUCAGUUAGCAUCAUCCUUGCUAAGGCCUUGAAGGGUGAAUGAGUUUUUUUCAUAUUUUCUUUUGUACAUUUGACAUAAGGUUGGAAGAGUAACCUUCAUUGUAAAAUAGUGUUUUGGAAGGUGAUUUCGUUUGAGUUAUGUCCACAUUUAUUUUUCUCAAGUUCUUUUGGAAUUGUAAAAUUUCUUAUUCCUUAAUUUAUGAUUAGUUUUCCCCAUUGAUUGGGGUGGAUUUAAGAUUAGAGGGGAGAUUAUCAUGGUUGAUGCAAUAGAAACCAUUUUAUGAUGUAAUUUGUCAUUAUUUGAUCCCUAAUGAAAAUUGAAAAUUCUUACUCGAA